AAAAGAUAAUUGCAUAUCAUUAAAUAUAAUAUAAAGUGAAGCAAAAAAAUGGACUUUAGUACAUUUUUGGUCCACUCCUACUACCCCUUGUCCCCUCUCUCUCUCUCUCACUCUCACACACACACACACACACUAAACACCCACAAAACACACACAAUAAUUUUGAUUAAAAUUUGUAAACUAUAUAUGUUUAAACAAUUUCACACAGAUUGGAUUGACCACUCUAUUUCUCUCUCUACAACUCACUUUCUCUCUCUAAAAAUCCUUUCUUUCUUUCUUCUUCUUCCUCAUACGGCAAAAGAUGGAGUUGGGCUUGAGUUUAGGAGAUGUAUCAGAACCCUAUGGGUUCUUGAAGAAAAAUAACCAGCAGCAAAAACCCAUUUCAAAGAAGAGCGGUACUCUUGAUUUCUGCAUGGAUUUGGGCCUUAAAUCUCCGGCAAUUGUCGGAAAUCAAGAAACUGAGAAAUCCGAAGAUGACGGCGAUGAUGACGGCGGUGAUGAAGAUGACGGCGGCGACGAGAGCGAUGAUGACGAUGAUGUUCGAGGCGGAGGGGAAACUACUCCGUUGAAGCUGAGUCUUGUCCCUUUUGCCCCUCCCCAGAUCUCCUCUCAUCUACCUUGGUCUUCUGAUAAUGGGAGUUCGGAAAAUGGGUCGUCGGGAAAUAUGGGGAUGCGGCCGGGGAGGAUUGGGUUUGACGUGAACAGGCCGGCGGCGGCGGCGGAGGAGGUAUCGUCGACUAACAGCAUGGGUGGUGGUGGUGGUUCUCCGUUCGGCCACCACCUGGGGUUUAACAUGUUUAGAAAUACCGCCACUGGGAAUCAUCAGCCGAGAGGUCAGAAGAGAGUCCUUGAAUCCUCCGCCGCCGGCAGCGACGGCGCGGAGGCGGAGAGAACAUCAUCCCCCAGAGCAACCAGCGACGAUGACGAAAAUGCCCUCAACGCGAGAAAAAAGCUCCGAUUGUCCAAAGAACAGUCCGCUUUUCUUGAAGACAGUUUUAAAGAACACAACACACUCAAUCCUAAACAAAAACUUGCGCUAGCUAAACAGCUGAAUCUGAGACCUCGUCAAGUUGAAGUCUGGUUUCAGAACAGAAGAGCAAGGACGAAGUUGAAGCAGACGGAGGUGGACUGCGAGUACUUAAAGCGGUGCUGCGAAACGCUGACGGAGGAAAACAGACGGCUGCAGAAGGAGCUUCAGGAAUUGAGAUCCCUCAAGACUUCUUCCAACAACCCUUUCUACAUGCAGCUUCCCGCCACCACUCUCACCAUGUGCCCUUCUUGCGAGCGCGUCGCCUCCACGCCCACCCCCGCCGCCGCGGUGGAUUCCACGGCGGCGCAAAAGGCCGUCCCGUUUCCGGUAACCAGACCAAGAUUCUACCCGUUCUCGCAGAGCCCGACCCGUCACAAUCAUCAGCCUGCGGCCUCAUAAAUUGAUAUCAUAUUUAUGGCCCGAAAUCAGAACUUUCAGUAUGCAUGAAUUGCUGGUGGUCCUGCUGAUUAAUUAUUUGUAAAUAUAGAUUUUUUUUUUCUUUUUUUAUAUAUAUAAUUAUUUUUAGUGUUUUUUUUUUUAAUUUAUUUAUUGGGUUUUUUUGUGUGGCUUGUGUUUGUAGUAGUGUUGGGAUAUGACAUAUGAGGCCUUGUUCAUGUGUUUGAGCAAAUUUUUGUUUGGCUGAUCUUUGUGUUGAUUUUGUGGGAGAAUAGAAUUAACUAAUAUAUAGUAAUAGUUUGUAAGAAAAAAAUGAAAAAAAAUAGAAGCAUUCCUUUAAUUUGUUUUUCUCCAUCGAUUUGGAAUUAAAUAGCUUGCAAAUCA